AUGGCUUACGAUGGCUUCCAGAGAAGCACGAGUCCGUACGACCAGGCGGGCAAUAUAGGCCAAACAAAGCCCAGUGAUCAUCGUUCUUCGACCUACCCUCCUCCCUAUCCUUCUCAGUACGGCCCUGAUCGGUUGAGCAUGCCGCAGCCCCAAGUGCCUCCGCCGGCUCCGUCGGCAACUCAGGGCCAAUAUGCGGAGUCACCUUCUCAGCAAUACUCGUGGUAUCAGCAGCCAUCCACUGGAACUAUCAAUGAGGCUGUCAGCUCGGCUUUCCAUAAGGCUGACACUCCCACCUAUCUAUCGCCAGAAGUCCUGUCCCAAAUCACUGCGACCGUGAUUCAACAGCUCAAAGCGACUGGUCUGGAUAGCGUUCAAGCUCAGCAACCAUCGCCGCAGCCACCAUCCGGUCCGACGCCGCCACAGUGGGUGCCUUCCAGCUCUGCUCCCCAGUACAAUUAUAACGAGUAUGAAUCGGCCCCUCCUGUACCACCAAAGCCAUCUUCGUCGCAACCGGGUGCCGUCUCUGACACUCCGGACUACCAGCAGUACCCCCAAACUGGUACAUUUCCGAGCAGCGCUCAACCUAGUGCACGACCUUCCCCUGUACCUCCCGUCGAGAGAAGGGGAUCGCCGUAUAGCCAGACAAGCGAUCAAGGCCAGAAAAUGGAAGCACGCCCGAAACCACCGCCGAGGGAAACAACUGUGACUGAGAUGACAACAUUGGAGAAGAUAUGGGGCAAGCUCUUUGAGGAAGGCAAGCCAACCAAGAGGCUAGGCCAGCUCUUGCGCGGCAUAGCAGUCCAUCUGAUCGAGGAUUACCCUCCAGGUAACACUAUCGUGGUCGUUCCUGAGAAGCUGCAGAAGUUCUACGAGGAUACGAAAAUACCUUCAGACCUCUACCCGUGGCAGGAUAUCUUCGAUGACCGUACGUCUUCGAUCUCGAGGUUGUUUCGUGAAGUGGAAGCCGAACAUCACCUUGUUCAGGCUAAACUGAACGAGCGGCCGGACAUCCCGGGCUUGACGCCCCGAGGUUUCGAACGCUGGGCUACCUUGAUGAUACAAGCGCAUCCCGACAAAGAAUACGAACGGUUGCAGAAAGCAGUCCUGAACAUGCCUAUCAGCAACCCAGAUGACAGACGAGAAAGGUUUCCAAAGGAGAUUCCUCGCCGGCUAUUCCCCGAGGCACCGAAUCUUACCAUCAGAGACGAGGUCGAUAAAUUCAUCAUGAAGCAUUGUGGUGUCGACUUGCCGCCUGUCACCGAGGAGGAGCUCAAGAAGGUUGCUGCGCACCGCCACAAGAUGUCUACGAGCUCGACUGCAUCGGCCGCCGAGACAGCUCCUUCGGUGACAGAACGGGGCCGUCAGCAGCAGCACCAGUCGUCUUCAGCCAUCAUAGAUGACGACGAGGAAGAGGUCCCGUCUCGGCCGAUUGAGCGUGAGAGGAAGCCAUAUAGUGCCCAGCCGGGAGGAGGGAAGUUAUAUGAAGAGGCAGGUGGCUCUUCCCACCGACACAAGGACUCCUUCUCCACUGGUUCUCGCUCAAAAGAGGGAUCGGUCCCUCCUGUCUCCCGCAAAGCAUAUGACUCAUACGGCCAAGACCCUCUGUACCCUCGUGCAGGCAGUAGCGGAGCUCAGCGUCCAAUAAGUACACAUGGCCGGACACGGAGCUCUUCUCGAGGCGGGCAUGGGGGAGGAGACUACAGACAUUCAGAGAGUGACCUGCUGUCCAGCUCGCACAAUGGUGGAACUCGGUAUUCUGGCCUCCCUGGCAGUGAUUACUACACCGCGUCAUCCACCCUUCCUGGAGACAUCAUCGAGGAUAGUCGGCGGUACCGCGAUAGUGAUGACCAGAGACUGUACGAGUCAGUUCGGGAGAGGGAAAAGGAGCGCGAAAAGAGCAAAUAUCAUGACCAUCUUCCUUCCCGAAGCAGCUGGGCUAACGAGGAAGAAUACUACCGUGGCUUGCUCGGCGGUCAGGGUGGUGGCCCAGUCACAGGCAGCAGUGGCGGGUACGAUUACAAGACAUAUACCUACAAAUGA